AUGAUUCCCACCGCUCGUUGCGGCGCCUUGCGCCAGAAGAUCCCCGUCCAGGCCGUGCGCCAAUACUCCUCGUCCACGACCCUCAAGACCUCUCCCUUCGCCCCUCGUCACCUUCUGUCCAUUGCCGACCUCACGCCCACCGAAUUCACCACCCUCGUCCGCAAUGCCUCCUCGCACAAACACUCAAUCAAGUCCGGGUCGAUCCCGACCAACCUGCAGGGCUCCCUGGCUGGAAAGACGGUGGCCAUGAUGUUUAGCAAACGGAGUACCCGCACUCGGAUAUCCACCGAAGGCGCUACUGUCCAGUUGGGCGGACAUCCCAUGUUCCUCGGCAAGGACGAUAUCCAGCUCGGAGUGAAUGAAUCCCUGUACGACACCGCCGUGGUGGUCUCGUCAAUGGUGUCCGCCAUUGUGGCCCGCGUGGGCAAGCACGCCGAAGUGGCCGACCUUGCAAAGCACUCGACCGUCCCCGUCAUCAAUGCCCUCUGUGAUUCGUUCCACCCGCUCCAGGCCAUUGCCGAUUUCCAGACCAUCUACGAGACCUUCACCCCCAAGGCCCAUCAUCUGUCCAGCCUGGGUCUGGAGGGCCUGAAGAUUGCCUGGGUCGGCGAUGCGAACAACGUCUUGUUCGACAUGGCGAUCAGCGCUGCGAAGAUGGGCGUCGACCUGGCCGUUGCAACCCCCAAGGGUUAUGAGAUCCCGGCCUCCAUGCGGGAGCUCAUCCAGGAAGCCGGCAAGGGCGUGGCCAACCCCGGAAAGCUCAUCCAGACCAAUGUCCCCGAAGAGGCGGUGAAGAAGGCCGAUAUCCUGGUGACUGACACCUGGGUCUCGAUGGGCCAGGAAGAGGAAUCGCUCAAGCGUAUGAAGGCCUUUGAAGGCUUCCAGAUCACGUCGGAACUUGCCAAGCGUGGAGGAGCCAACGAGAACUGGAAAUUCAUGCACUGCCUUCCCCGGCACCCGGAGGAAGUGAGUGAUGAGGUCUUCUACAGUAACCGGUCGUUAGUCUUCCCCGAGGCGGAGAAUCGGCUGUGGGCUGCCAUCUCUGCUCUGGAGGGAUUCGUUGUCAACAAGGGAAAGAUUGCAUGA